AUGGAUGGUGGUCGCUCUCUGGGCCUAAUGAUCAGAGGUGGUGCUGAGUAUAGACUGGGGAUCUACAUCACUGGAGUGGACCCUGGAUCUGCUGCAGAUGCUGGUGCACUAAAGGUGGGUGACCAGAUCAUGGAAGUCAACAGUCAGAGCUUUCGCACCAUCUCCCAUGAUGAGGCAGUUCAAAUCCUCAAAACAGGACGCCACCUGCUGAUGAAGGUGAGGGAUGUUGGUCGUCUGCCUCAUGCACGCACAGUGGUGGAUGAGACCAAAUGGAUCUGCAGUCUGGCCAUAGCUGAAACCAAUGCUACAACUAUCCCAAGUUCUGUCACCAGCCCCACUGUCAAUGUUGGCAUCAAAGGUAGUGUCACUGCCAGUACCUGCAAUUCAAGACCAACCUCAGCCAAAGUUACACCUGUAUUAGGAAAGCCAUCAGUAUACAGAGGUGUAGGCCCGCCAGGUGCUCAGGUGUCUCUGGAACAGCAAGCCUACAUGCUGCUAACGGAGCCAGAGAGGCAGACCAUUGCCUAUUACCUUCAGGAGUACCAGGAGGGACACAUAGAAGUGGAGCCACUGACCAUGGCUCUUUUUGAGCUCUUUAGCACACAUGCAAAGUUGUCCAUGUUGUCAGAGGUGAGGAGUCUGGUGGCUCCGCAGGACCUUGAGUUGUAUGACAGGCUGGUGUUGCACCGUGAGAGGGAGGCCCACAAGAGCUGGCAUAGAGACCUGGGAGUGCUACAUCCACAGGGCCACUGCAACCAUUCGGCCUCUUUGAUCCAUGAUGCAGACCCUUCUAUGUGUGUCAGGUCCCCAGAUAGCAAACAGACUCUGUUCUGGAUCCGCCCAGGAGAUAUCAUAAGCUCCGGAAUCCGUAACAGCUACGGGCCAAAGACCCGGCUCGUAUCUGGAACGGCUACGGGUCAAAGAUCCAGACCAGAUACGGCCCGUAUCCGCCCAUAUUCAAUUUGGACCCGUUCAUAA